GUACCGUGGAAGAAGAUGGAAGGCCCAAUGUCAACCACAAGGUCCACGCCCAGGAAUCAAUGGUUACUAAAGUUGAUUCACAUUUUUUAUGGACUCAUUUAAGGGCAUUGAUGAUUCCAAGGCUUGCAAUUACUGUAUAUUCUUGCUUGAUGUCUCGAGUUGUUCGAAGUUUGCAAGACCUAAAAUGGGUCAUCAAGUGUGAUGUCCCUUGCCUUAUGUGGAUGGAUGUCAAGGGUUGUACCUGGAAGACGGCAGAGGAAGGUUACUUGAGUGAAGACG